AUGAAGAUGAUUGACCUGGGCACCUUCAGCAGGAAGCCCCGGCGCCUGCGGCACCUGCGGCGGCACCGGGAGCUGGAGGGCACCGAGCGGCGCCGCGGGGGCGGUGACCCAGACGGCGGCCCCGCGGGGGCCCUGCGGACCACAGGCACGUUCGAGGCGGGCGCCCCGUCCCCUGGUGAGGUGGAGGCCCCUGCGCCAGGGGACUCCGAGCAGGUGAAGAGCGAGCAGGGCUGUGGCUGGCAGGAGCCAGGGGAGCUGGAGGCAGAGGUGGCCGGUGGCACCAGUGAGCGCAGCAGGAAGGCGCAGCUGGACCGGCUGGACAUAAACGUGCAGAUCGACGACUCCUACCUGGUGGAGGCCGGGGACCGCCAGAAGCGCUGGCAGUGCCGCAUGUGCGAGAAGUCCUACACCUCCAAGUACAACCUGGUGACCCACAUCCUGGGCCACAAUGGCAUCAAGCCCCACUCCUGCCCACACUGCAACAAGCUGUUCAAGCAGCCCAGCCACCUGCAGACCCACCUGCUGACCCACCAGGGCACGCGGCCCCACAAGUGCGGGGUGUGCAGCAAAGCUUUCACCCAGACCAGCCACCUGAAGCGGCACAUGCUGCUGCACACUGACAUCAAGCCCUACAGCUGCCGCUUCUGUGGCCGUGGCUUUGCCUACCCCAGCGAGCUGAAGGCGCACGAGGUGAAGCACGAGAGUGGGCGCUGCCACGUGUGCGUGGAGUGCGGGCUGGAUUUCUCCACGCUCACCCAGCUGAAGCGACACCUGGCCACACACCAGGGCCCCACGCUCUACCAGUGCCUGGAGUGCAGCAAAUCCUUCCACUACCGCAGCCAGCUGCAGAACCACAUGCUGAAGCACCAGAACGUCCGGCCCUUUGUCUGCACAGAGUGUGGGAUGGAGUUCAGCCAGAUCCACCACCUCAAGCAGCACUCGCUCACGCACAAGGGUGUGAAGGAGUUCAAGUGCGAGGUGUGCGGGCGGGAGUUCACGCUCCAGGCCAACAUGAAGCGGCACAUGCUGAUCCACACCAGUGUCCGCCCCUACCAGUGCCACAUCUGCUUCAAGACCUUCGUGCAGAAGCAGACGCUCAAGACCCACAUGAUCGUGCACUCGCCUGUGAAGCCAUUCAAGUGCAAGGUCUGUGGGAAGUCCUUCAACCGCAUGUACAACCUACUGGGGCACAUGCACCUGCACGCCGGCAGCAAGCCCUUCAAGUGUCCCUACUGCUCCAGCAAGUUCAACCUGAAGGGCAACCUCAGCCGGCACAUGAAGGUCAAGCAUGGGGUGAUGGACAUCAGCCUGGACAGCCAAGAUGCCAUGAUGGAGCUGGCCGGGCCCGACCACGCCGAGCUGGAUGGGCAGCAGGAGAUGGACGACUUUGAGGAGGAGAACUCUUACAGCUACGGGGCAGUGGGCAACCCCCCGGACGAGCACGCGCUGGCCGAGCAGGCCAUGAAGGAGAUGGCGUACUACAACAUGUUGUAGCCGGGGCUGGCAGGGCUGUGGGGGCUUGGCAGGGUGAGAGGGGCUGCGGCAUCCAGCCAGACCCCCUAGAACUGGAGGUGGUGCUCCUGCUGGGGUUGGAGAACACAGGGAUGUCCAGAAGCCUUUGCCGGACCUGCCGUGGCUCCGCUGCUGCCCCCCUGCCCGCGCCCCGCGCCCGGCGACUUGAAACUGCGGGCAGGGGAGGCACAACCCAGAAAAUCACUGAAUGGGUUAGGGUGGAAGGGGCCACAGUGGGGCAAGAUGAUGAGCAUCACUAACUAUUCUACCUCCUGGGUCCCCCCUCGGGUGUGCUGGAGCUCCCCCCGGGCUCCCCAGGGGGCAGAAGCCCCUGUCCGUGGGAGGAGGUGGGUGUGCCCUCCUGCUCACCCUGGGGCUCCCUGUGCCAGGCUCUGGGGCACAGAACAGAGUAUUUUCAUAGAAGCUCAGGGCGCAGUCGGUGCCCACAGCUCGGGGUCCAGAGCUGCAGCCAGCGGCAUAUCCAGGGGAGGCAAACCCAGCCCAGCCCCAGCAAAUGAUGGUAUUUUGAAAGUAAUUUAUUUUUUUCAGAUGUGCCGCGUGGUUGGAUUUAUCUUUUCACCGAGUUCAGUUCCCUUCAACCAAUGUGCUUUGUAAACCCGUGUAAGCUGUGUGGUCUGUGCUGGGAGCCAGG